UCCAAGAAAGUUCAACUUUUGGUGGAAGAGAUGCGGCAAGUUUUCACCUUUUUUGACUGGCAGGUGCAAUGGUGGGAGGACUGUACCAGUUUGCAAACCCUGGCUAGGUCAGAGGAGACUGAGGGUUUAAUUGCAUACGUGAAGCAGCAGGCAUUUAUUCAAUGCAGGCUGUCAGCAUCAUUCAAAGAGAAGUGGAAGGAU